AUGACAUCAAUAUUUACUACUGAAACAAUUUAUGAAAAAUCUCAAAGCUCGGAAACUAAUACCGAUUUUCAACAUAUAGCUUCAUUACCUGUGACUUACAAACUUCGUGCAACAGUUAAUUGGGUAAAAAAACCGUAUCAUAAACGAAAUUUCUGGGAGCGUCUUGCUACACUUGAUCUUGCCAAUGAGAAAUGUUAUGUUGUACAACCACGAAAUCCAAAUCCACCACCGAAUCUUAGUGUUUGGCGUGAACGUAUAUGGUUAACAAUUAUGAUUGUACCAGCAUUAAUAAUUCAAGCACUUUGGUAUUAUAUUAUACCUGAAAAUAAUUUCUUUCAUACUUGGCAUCCAAUGGUAGCAUUUAUUUUUUAUCAUUUGGCAUUAAUUGUUUUUAUUAUUAAUCUAAUUAGACGUCUUACGUAUUAUAUGAAUUUAUAUGGUACAUUUGAUGAACAUAAUAGACCACGUGAUUAUGUUCCUGAUAAAGAUGUACGUCGAUUAAUUUUAAGUGUUCUUGCUUAUGCAGUACUACGUACUGCUGGUAGUUUAAUUCUUGGUGGAUAUAAUCGUUAUAAUCCGCCAUCACUGGGACAUACUAUAUCUUGGAAUUUUCCAAUUAAGAUUGGUCUUUGGUUUAUAGCAUUAGAUUUUUUCUUUUAUUCUUAUCAUCGUGCAGUUCAUACAUUUCCUUUUCUUUGGAAAUAUCAUAGUAAACAUCAUGCGACAAAACAUCCGACACCAAUUCAAGCAAUUCUUGCUGAUGAUAUACAAGAAAUUAUUGAGAUUGUUUUCAUUCCAUUAGGUGCAUCAUUAGUUAUGCCAUUGUCAGCGCAUGAACUUUGGAUAGCUCAAUGUAUUCUUAUGUAUGUUGAAGGAAUGGGUCAUAGUGGUGCACGUGCUUAUUGGACUCAUCCACUUCUCGGUGAAAUACUUCGACCAUUUAAAAUGGAACUUACUAUUGAAGAUCAUGAUUUACAUCAUCGAUACGGAAAGAGUGGUAAAAAUUAUGGUAAACAAACAAGAAUUUUCGAUCGAAUUUUCAAUACGAUUAGUGAACGUAUUGAAGGCAUAGAAAAAUAG